UUCAAAGAGGAAAACAUGGCGGAAAACAAAGGCGGCGGUGAGGUAGAGAGCGGCGGCGGGGGCAGCGGCAGCGCGCCGGUAACCGCCGGGGCCGCCGGGCCCGCGGCGCAGGAGGCGGAGCCGCCUCUCGCCGCGGUGCUGGUGGAGGAGGAGGAGGAGGAAGGCGGCAGGGCUGGCGCGGAGGGCGGUGCGGUUGGGCCCGACGACGGGGGGGUGACCGCGGCCUCCUCCAGCUCGGCCCCGGCCGCCUCGGCUCCCGCGGCCUCGGUGGGCUCCACGGCUCCCGGGGGCGCGGCAUCGACGCCAGCCCCAGCAGCAGCGUCGGCUCCGGCCCCGGGUCCCUCGUCGGGGCCGCCGCUCGGGCCACCAGCCUCGCUCCUGGACACCUGCGCCGUGUGUCAGCAGAGCUUGCAGAGCCGGCGUGAGGCGGAGCCCAAGCUGCUCCCCUGCUUGCACUCCUUCUGCCUGCGCUGCCUGCCGGAGCCCGAGCGCCAGCUCAGCGUGCCCAUCCCCGGGGGCAGCAACGGCGACGUCCAGCAAGUUGGUGUAAUACGGUGUCCAGUAUGUCGUCAAGAAUGCAGACAGAUAGAUCUUGUGGAUAAUUAUUUUGUGAAAGACACAUCUGAAGCUCCUAGCAGUUCUGAUGAGAAGUCAGAACAGGUCUGUACAAGUUGUGAAGACAAUGCAAGCGCAGUUGGUUUUUGUGUAGAAUGUGGAGAGUGGCUAUGUAAGACAUGCAUUGAAGCACAUCAGAGAGUAAAAUUCACUAAAGAUCAUCUAAUCAGGAAAAAAGAAGAUGUUUCAGAGUCUGUUGGAGCAUCUGGUCAGCGCCCUGUGUUUUGUCCUGUACAUAAACAAGAACAGUUGAAAUUGUUCUGUGAAACAUGUGAUAGACUGACAUGUAGAGACUGUCAGCUGUUGGAGCACAAAGAACAUAGGUAUCAGUUUUUGGAAGAAGCGUUUCAAAAUCAGAAAGGUGCAAUUGAAAAUCUGUUGGCUAAGCUUCUUGAAAAAAAGAAUUACGUUCAUUUUGCAGCUACACAAGUGCAAAAUAGGAUUAAAGAAGUAAAUGAGACCAAUAAACGAGUAGAACAAGAAAUUAAAGUGGCCAUUUUCACCCUUAUCAAUGAAAUUAAUAAGAAAGGAAAAUCUCUCUUACAGCAGCUAGAGAAUGUUACAAAAGAAAGACAAAUGAAGCUACUUCAGCAGCAGAAUGAUAUCACAGGCCUUUCCCGGCAGGUGAAGCAUGUUAUGAACUUUACCAACUGGGCCAUUGCAAGUGGCAGCAGCACGGCACUACUGUAUAGCAAACGGCUGAUUACUUUUCAGUUACGUCAUAUUUUGAAAGCACGGUGUGAUCCUGUUCCUGCUGCCAAUGGAGCAAUUCGUUUCCAUUGUGAUCCUACCUUCUGGGCCAAAAAUGUAGUGAAUUUAGGUAAUCUAGUAAUAGAGAGUAAGCCAGCUCCUGGUUAUACUCCUAAUGUUGUAGUUGGGCAAGUUCCUCCAGGUACAAACCACAUUAGUAAAACCCCAGGACAGAUUAACUUAGCACAGCUUCGACUCCAGCACAUGCAGCAACAAGUGUAUGCACAAAAACAUCAACAGUUACAACAGAUGAGAAUGCAGCAACCGCCAGCUCCUGUACCAACAACAACAACAACAACACAACAGCAUCCUCGGCAAACAGCCCCACAGAUGUUACAACAACAGCCUCCAAGAUUGAUCAGUGUGCAAACAAUGCAAAGAGGCAACAUGAACUGUGGAGCAUUUCAAGCCCAUCAAAUGAGACUGGCUCAGAAUGCUGCCAGAAUUCCAGGGAUACCAAGGCACAGCGGCCCUCAGUAUUCCAUGAUGCAGCCUCACCUCCAAAGACAACACUCAAACCCAGGGCAUGCUGGACCCUUUCCUGUUGUAUCAGCACACAACCCAAUCAACCCAACAAGCCCUACCACAGCAACUAUGGCAAAUGCAAAUCGAGGUCCCACCAGCCCAUCUGUUACAGCAAUAGAACUAAUUCCCUCAGUCACCAAUCCAGAAAACCUUCCAUCAUUGCCAGAUAUUCCACCUAUACAGUUGGAAGAUGCUGGCUCAAGUAGUUUAGAUAAUCUACUGAGUAGAUAUAUCUCAGGCAGUCAUCUACCCCCACAGCCUACAAGUACCAUGAAUCCUUCCCCAGGACCCUCUGCUUUAUCACCCGGAUCUUCAGGCUUACCCAAUUCUCACACACCCGUGAGACCCCCUAGCACAUCUAGCACCGGCAGUCGAGGCAGCUGUGGAUCUUCAGGAAGAACUGCUGAGAAAAGUCAUAGUUUCAAAUCUGAUCAGGUGAAGGUCAAGCAAGAACCUGGAACUGAAGAAGAGGUCUGCAGCUUUUCGGGAGCUGUGAAACAAGAGAAGACCGAGGAUGGCAGGAGGAGCGCCUGUAUGUUGAGCAGUCCUGAGAGUAGUUUGACACCACCUCUUCCAACUAACCUACAUCUAGAGAGUGAGCUGGACACAUUAGCAGGCCUGGAGAACCACGUGAAAACAGAACCUACAGAUACGAAUGAAAGCUGCAGACAGUCGGGACUCAGUAGCCUGGUCAAUGGAAAGUCUCCAGUGCGGAACCUCAUGCACAGGUCGGCAAGGAUUGGAGGAGAUGGCAAUAGCAAAGAAGAUGACCCGAAUGAAGACUGGUGUGCGGUCUGCCAGAAUGGAGGGGAUCUGUUAUGCUGUGAAAAAUGUCCGAAGGUCUUUCAUCUUACUUGUCAUGUUCCAACCCUUCUCAGCUUUCCAAGUGGGGACUGGAUAUGCACAUUUUGCAGAGAUAUUGGGAAGCCAGAAGUUGAAUACGAUUGUGAUAAUAUGCAACACAGUAAGAAGGGGAAAACUGCACAGGGCUUAAGCCCCGUGGACCAAAGGAAAUGUGAACGUCUCCUGCUUUACCUCUAUUGUCAUGAAUUAAGUAUUGAAUUCCAAGAGCCUGUUCCUGUUUCGAUACCAAACUACUAUAAAAUUAUAAAGAAACCAAUGGAUUUAUCGACGGUGAAAAAGAAGCUUCAGAAAAAACAUUCCCAGCACUACCAAAUCCCAGAUGAUUUUGUGGCUGAUGUCCGUUUGAUCUUCAAGAACUGUGCAAGGUUUAAUGAAAUGAUGAAAGUUGUUCAAGUUUAUGCAGACACACAAGAGAUUAAUUUGAAGGCUGAUUCAGAAGUAGCUCAGGCAGGGAAAGCAGUUGCAUUGUACUUUGAAGAUAAACUCUCAGAGAUCUACUCAGACAGGACCUUCGCUCCUUUGCCAGAGUUUGAGCAGGAAGAGGAUGAUGGUGAAGUAACGGAAGACUCUGAUGAAGACUUUAUACAACCUCGCAGAAAACGCCUAAAGUCAGAUGAGAGACCGGUGCAUAUAAAAUAAAAUGACGUGGACUUAAUCAGUUGUUUUUUAAAAGAAAGAAAUAACAGAAGAAGGAAACAAAACAAAACAAAACACCCUUUUAUUUAAGUGUUACUGGGAUAUCCUGUGUACAGUGGGUACUUCCUUAAAGAAGCUGGUAGCUCAUACAGUAUUAGAUUGAAACAACGGACACAGAAAGCAUUCUUGUCAAGAAAUGGGGAGCGAGUGCUGCAACUUUUAAGUAAGAGUAAAGUGAGACAUGAAAGAGUUUGAGGAUUUGUUACAAAUGAAGAUGGUUCUCUGUUAGAAACUUAAAUGAUCAUGUGUGUUAAUUGGUGCAGGAUGCUGAGUCAGGCGAGGCUCCUGUUGCAUCAUUGUGUCUCUGCUAGAGCACACAGUUACUCAAACAACUUAUAAGUCUCCUCCUACACAGACACAAAUGGGUUGUUUUCUGGUUAAAAAUCGAGUAGAUCAUAUUCCACUUGAAUGUCACUAAAGAUGCUUUGAAUCAUGCCACUGUAUUUUCUCUCAUUUUGAUCUAUUGGGCCUUAGUUUUUAAAUUGGUUUAAAGAACUCAACCGUAGUUUUAUUUUCUACUUAGAUAUAGGGUCUAGGAACAUAACUAUUGAUCAUCUAGUCAGCUUCAGUGGUGCACUGAAAUAAAUAUGGUAACUUCAGUAGUGGAUCAUACAGAUUUAUGGAAGUCAUUUCCAGAAAACCCUUCUAAACAGUUACACGUACUGCUCAGAUCAUCUGAUCAUGCAGUUAGUUAUUCCCUCAAAAGGCAGAACAUUUAUUUCAAAAUUUUCUGUACAUGUAAAUUAGAUUGAGAAGGUGACAACUGACUCUCACCCAGUCUUUCUUUGUACCAGUUUCCAGUAGACCACUAUUGGUAAACAGAAAUCUGUCAGCUACCAAAUGUGUACAAUUUUCUGUAUUUCACUUUGUCUUAUUUGUAAAUAGUGAGCUCAGACUUCUGGCAGAUCAGCAACAUUUGCUGAGCCUGUUUUUUAAGCUAAUGUGUAUUCUUACUAAUGUUCCUAUCAAGAAUGGAUUUGUAAUAUAUGCUGUCUAUUUCUAAUGUUCACAUUCAUAUUUUGAGGUUCUAUCUUAUUUUAAUAGAGAACAGACUUCUCAGAAAAAUCUUCAGAAGCAGCUUAUUAUUGAAAUAUCAAAAUAUUGAAAUAAACCCGGUGGGGUUAGAUUACUCAUCUGUCCACCAAGUGGGACAUGUGCAUGGACUGGGGGCUUUAAAUGACUUAGAAGAUACUUGUAAGUAAAUCCUGAGAACGAGCCAAUCCCCAUGUGAAUGGUAGUUGGAGUACACCCAGCUUUGUUUACUACCUGAUGACAGGAGUAAUACCUGAAGCAGAUAGACCAACUUGAUCUGGUUUAUUUUCUCCUCUUCGUUGUGAUGCUCAAAUCAAGUGUGCUCUAGACUGCGUGCGCAUCUCCGUUGGAUUAAAGUUGUAGUCCUACUUCUGUAUGGACACAGUAGAAUUACAAAGUGACCAAAGUAGAGUCAACAUCAGAAGCGUUUCAGGUGUCAGCAGAUGUGUGGCAAAUUACUUGCCUUUUAAAAAAAUCAGUUUAAGCAGUUCAGACUGUAGACAUACUCAGAAAACUAUUUGACUUAAUUGUCGAAGAAGUGAAUAUUUUUAGUGUGCAUUGAAUCAAAUAAAGUGCUCUAAAGAAAUUA